ACCACCGCUCACCCACCACCCGUCCCUUCAUCAAAACCCCCCAACAUGUGAAGGUACAGACAAAUCACAGCCUUCCCUUCCUUCCAAACCCAUGACCCCAACCGGCCUCCUACAUAGUCUCCGUAUCACCUCGCAUAUCUACGUACCACCCUACCACAAGCUACCACAAGCAGCAAGCGAGACAAGACAAAACAAGCAUGACCUGACCUCCUUGACCUACUUGACCGACCUUACGUACCUCACUCACAAGCAAACAAUUACAGGUACACAACUCUCAUCGGGUGUUACGGUCAGCACUUUUGUUGGAAGUCCGUGCCCUGGGCCAUUCACUAGCCUCGCCCAUUCACCGGCACUCCCUUCCAGGUAUUUAGGCUGCCCUGGUUUCCGUUUCUCCUCUUCCGUUAGACAACUCCAGAAUCAAGCCCUUUUUCGUUGUCGCCUUUUCCAGCCUCCAUCAACUUUCGUCGUUUGUUGCUGCAGAGCUUUUCCUGGGCUUUGCAGAGCUUGCAGAGCUUGCAGAGUUGGACGGGACACAACAACCACUUACACGACCUUUUGAAGUUGGUGUGAGUGACACUUGAGUCGUCAGCUGGUCUGGGGUAAGGUAGUGGGGCUAGGGAAGCAACGCUGAAGGUUAGUGAAGGUGAGUUCGUAGAAUGCGAAUUCAACGGGUUUAAACUGAUGCAUUGAGUGUUAUAUGAGGUUUUAUGCAUUUUCUGAAGGAGGUGUGUUUGGUUGCUAUAGGGAUUUUCAUGUGUGUGUGUGUGUGAAAGAUGUCCAAUUAUCACUUCAACUUGACGUAGAAUACCGGAC